GGCGGGGUCGGGCGCGAGGAGGCGCGGCCGUUGCCUCCGCCGCCGCCGCCACCUGAGGGAAGAAGCGGGGCUGCAGCGGCGGGACCCCGCGCUGAGGUUACCUAACAAAAGAAGAACGUAACUCGGCUGCUGUUCUGUCACGAUGGGGUCAGUUGUGUGGGAAUGUGGUUAAACAUUUUAAUACCUUAACCUAAUAGAUUCUAUAUAAUACUGAGAAAAGAAAAGGCAAGACUUCUCACACACCUGUCUCAAAUACAUCAUCUUCUGGACUGAGCUAACAAUGCUGUAUACAAAGAGUAUUCCAGUUUUGAAGAACCUUAAACAAGGACUGAAAAUAUCACCAUUGAAGUGAAAUCUGAGGGUACAUGAGGCGUUGAAAGAGCUUUCUGACUGGUCUCUAUAACUGGCCCAAUUCUCAGUGCGGAAGGAUGGCUAUUAGCUGGAUGUUCUGUUACCUUUGGCUUUUGGAUGUUUUGGUGGGGCACACAAGAGGGCACAGUUUAUUUUCUUGUGAGCCCAUCAUCUUGCGGAUGUGCCAGGAUCUGCCUUACAAUACCACCUUCAUGCCUAAUCUUCUGAAUCAUUAUGACCAGCAAACAGCAGCAUUAGCAAUGGAGCCAUUUCAUCCCAUGGUGAAUUUGGAAUGCUCUAGAGAUUUUCGACCGUUUCUUUGUGCCCUCUAUGCUCCUGUGUGCAUGGAGUAUGGCCGUGUCACUCUCCCUUGUCGCAGACUCUGUCAGAGAGCAUACAGCGAGUGCUCCAAACUCAUGGAGAUGUUUGGGGUCUCUUGGCCUGAGGAUAUGGAGUGCACCAGAUUCCCAGAUUGCGAUGAGCCAUAUCCUCGUCUUGUUGACCUCAAUUUAGUUGGGGAGCCCACAGAAGAGGCCCCAAUGGCAGUACAGAGGGAUUAUGGUUUUUGGUGUCCUCAGGAGCUGAAAAUAGACCCUGAUUUGGGUUACUCUUUCCUGAGGGUACGGGACUGUUCUCCUCCUUGCCCAAAUAUGUAUUUUCGGCGUGAAGAGCUCUCCUUUGCUCGCUACUUCAUCGGAGUGAUCUCCAUCGUCUGCCUUUCGGCUACCUUGUUUACUUUUUUAACUUUUCUGAUCGAUGUCACAAGAUUUCGCUAUCCAGAAAGACCGAUAAUAUUUUAUGCUGUCUGUUACAUGAUGGUGUCAUUAAUUUUCUUCAUUGGCUUUCUGCUUGAAGACCGAGUAGCAUGUAAUGCAUCUAGCCCUGCCCAGUACAAGGCUUCCACAGUGACACAGGGCUCUCACAACAAAGCCUGCACCAUGCUUUUCAUGGUGCUCUAUUUCUUUACCAUGGCUGGCAGUGUUUGGUGGGUCAUUCUUACCAUCACGUGGUUCUUGGCAGCUGUGCCAAAAUGGGGCAGUGAAGCAAUCGAGAAGAAAGCGUUGCUCUUCCACGCCAGUGCCUGGGGCAUUCCAGGAACUCUAACCAUCAUCCUCUUAGCAAUGAAUAAAAUUGAAGGUGACAAUAUUAGCGGCGUAUGUUUUGUUGGCCUCUAUGAUGUGGAUGCAUUAAGAUACUUUGUACUUGCACCUCUCUGCCUGUAUGUCGUUGUUGGAGUUUCCCUUCUGCUAGCUGGCAUUAUUUCUCUCAAUCGGGUUCGCAUUGAAAUCCCAUUAGAAAAAGAGAACCAGGACAAACUAGUGAAGUUCAUGAUCCGGAUUGGCGUGUUCAGUGUUCUGUACCUCGUGCCACUGUUGGUUGUAAUUGGCUGCUAUUUCUAUGAGCAGGCUUAUCGAGGUGUGUGGGAGACAACAUGGAUUCAAGAACGCUGCAGAGAAUAUCACAUCCCAUGUCCCUAUCAGGUCACUCAGAUGAGUCGUCCAGAUUUGAUUCUCUUUCUCAUGAAAUACCUGAUGGCUUUGGUUGUUGGGAUACCUUCCGUCUUCUGGGUCGGAAGCAAAAAGACCUGUUUCGAGUGGGCUAGCUUUUUCCACGGACGCAGGAAAAAAGAAGUUGUAAAUGAGAGUCGUCAAGUGCUGCAAGAGCCAGACUUUGCUCAGUCUCUUCUGCGAGACCCCAAUACCCCCAUCAUCCGAAAGUCGAGAGGCACUUCCACCCAGGGCACCUCGACUCACGCUUCCUCUACCCAGCUGGCAAUGAUGGACGACCAGAGGAGCAAGGCAGGCAGCGUCCACAGCAAAGUGAGCAGCUACCACGGCAGCCUGCACCGAUCGCGUGACGGACGGUACACUCCCUGCAGCUACAGAGGCGUGGAAGAAAGACUACCUCAUGGCAGCAUGUCACGACUGACUGAUCAUUCCAGGCAUAGCAGUUCUCAUCGGCUUAAUGAACAGUCACGUCACAGCAGCAUCAGGGAUCUCAGCGGCAACCCAAUGACACACAUCACGCACGGGACCAGCAUGAACCGCGUUAUCGAAGAGGAUGGCACCAGCGCUUGAGCCGCUUUUAUCGGAAAGGAGUGGUUGAUGCGGUUGCACGGCUCGCGGUCCCUUCCUCAGUGAUGUGAUAAUAAUGCUCAGUAUUAUCAUGCCUCUCAUUGGGUGCUGAUUUUGUGCAUCAGGAAGCCGAAACUGGCUUCUUCGUGUUGAAGCCAGCGUUCUUGUGCUUGCAUCAGAGCUAGAGUGUUCAGCAAUCUUGAAUUAUUGAGUAAAAAGCUGGUUGCCUCAUUUGAACCUAUCUGUAGGUAAUUAUUUAUUCGAUAACUGUUACUCAUCAGACACCAUUGCUGAAUUUCUUAUUCUUUGUGGCAAAAAAUCUCCCUUUCCCUCCGAUGGCUCUGCAUGUCGGUAGGUGUUACCCCGAAAACUCGCUGGCAGGGUCACGCUGAGAUUUUUUUUCUACGGCAUAAGGCAACUCUUGAAUAUUGAAGGAAUUCCUCCGCGCGCCUCUCUUGAUUCGAUAACAAACUGGUACUUGUUUUUAUCAAGCAGAGGGAGAGGGGACGCGUCUUAAAUGCUGUGUAAAGGACACCUGUGCGAAGUCGGGAGGCAUUUUUAAUGAUUACACUGGAAAUGUGACACAGGAAUGAGCGUUUUGGAGAAGGAAAGGAAAGGAAAGAAAACUCCACUGAUGAUCACCAGCUCUUACCGGAGCUGUUCAGGCUCAGUUGUUGGGAUGGGGUGGGAUGGGAGGGUGGGGGGAAGAGAGAGGCAGGGAAGAGUGAUUUUUGUAUAACUUGUAUUGUCCUUGCUUUUUUACAAAACACUAUUUAAAUUUUCUACUUGUUUACAAUUUAUGUAGGAAGAGAUCAAUUUUAAAAUCAGUUAUCUAGAUAAUAUUCAGCCACUUAUUUUUUAGAUUAAUGUACAAAAGCUGAGAUUGCCUGUUCCUGAUCUAUUUAAAAAAUAAUAAUAAUAAUAGAAAAGCUGAAUUUGUUGCCCAAACUGGAAUGUGCAGCCCUUUCCUUACAAACAGAACAAAUCCUGUUUACAAACCCCGUAGCCUGGGUGAGGAAGGCUGAGGCCAAAUCGGACAGGAGGAGUUUGAUCAGGGAUGGCCCACCUUCCUUGCAAUGUCACGGCUAUUUUUCUUUUGGGAGGAUUCUCUUGGCGCUGAGCAAGCGGGGAGCAGGAAUUUAGACACGGGUGGGAGAAAUCGAGCCAGGAGGGUGGGGACAGAGCAGGAGGCAGCGGCUGGAAACCCGCUGCAUUGUUGUCUUGAGGAGGAGAAGACAGGUAUCCACCACAAAUUGUUGGCUCGUUCCCAGCCAGGAAGCUUGCAUUUCUGAUCGACCUCUACUUGUAGGUUAUUUUCUACUCGUAGGUUAUUUUCUUUUCAUUCCCCACUGCAGAUUCACAGUAGAGAAUUCUCAGUUUGGGCUUUUUUUUGUGUGUAAAUAAUCUGUUGGGGGACAGCGAGUCUGUGUUGACACUGCAGGCAAAAGUCAAGGCAUGUCUCCAAUGGUGCGGUAGAUCUUCUGAAGCAUCUCCUGUAAGAUUCAUUCAGCAUGAGGAAACACUGAUUGCAUUUAAACCUACCUCAGUAAUUACUACAGAUCACUGCUGGGAAAUGAAUACUUAUUUUUUCAUUGUCCUUACAUAAUUCCCUUUUUGACCUGUUUGAGGCAUGUUGAAAAGCCUUUGUACACGCUUAGAUGGCACAACCUCAAGGGCAGGAGUAGGGCAACAGCCCGUGGUGCGUACUUCAGAGGCGUUCGCAAACAGCAGAAGCUGAGCUGCGCUACAAUUACUCGUUUUAAUUCUCGCUGAUGACACAACAGCAAAGCACGUAACCGUGCGCUCUUUGAAAUCAAAGGUCGCCCUGGGAGUCACCGUAUCUUUUGGAAAUGUAUUUACUGUAAUUGUCUUUCUUGCUCCCACCAGGCUUUUGCUCCAAAGGAGAAGCACAAACCAAACGCAACAUCGAGUAACAAAGCUUAGCAACGACCUCUGCGUUGUAAAUCCAGGAGGGAGGUUGCUGCGCCGACUGCCCCGGGGCAGCGCAGAGUCUGCUUUGCCUUUUCUGGGCACACGGCCCCGGGGCACGGCCGCGGGGAUGACUGUCCUGAGAGGCUGGAUCACCUCUUUCAGAGCCGAUGGGUGUGAAAAGUCUUUUGAGCGACUGAAACCGGGGAAACUACAAUUCCCACAAAGGUGGACCCUUUUUUUUUUUUAUUUUCAAAUUUGGCUUCUAGUAAAUAACUUGCUGCUUCAAAGGGAUGAGAGUUUUAGGAAUCUGAAUCUACAAAAGGAGCUGAGUUUUCCUAAACACUGUAACUGAACUAAAGAAGCUCAAGUAUUUAUGUUGAGCUUCUUGGCUCAAUUUCCAGUACUUUUUUUUUUUUUUUUUUAAUUGUAGCAAUGCUUUGACUUGUUUAGAGUCAGGGAGGGGAAUGGUGAUGGAGGUUUGAAAUAUAUCCUGCUUGAAAUCUCAUUAAUUUGUGAGGUUUAGUCCCCGUAUUGUUUCCAGAUGGGAACAUCUAAGCUGUUCCUUGCUCGUGUCUCCUGUUCUCAAGGGACAGGCUCCCAUCACCCCAGAGAGGUGAUUAAAAUGUAAAACUCGAGUUCUGGCUGGGUUUUAUUCCCCCUCCCCCGUAAUCCCAAACCCUCCCUUUUGUCUGCCACACCUGAAUUAGCAUGCUGCUCUCUAUUUCUGCAAAGCGUUCCUUCCUGGGAUUUCAAAGCCCUUCACCAAUGACUGUUUCAGGUUUCACGUGUAAGAUUCCCUGGCCGGGGCACUUGCAGGGCUUCAGCUCCCAAAUCAUCGUGCUUGGGGGCUCUGAAACGUGGCUGAGAUAUUGAACACAGCCCAGCCACCAUCUCUGGCAGAGGUACCAAGGCAUGUUUUUGGGGUGCUUUUCUAUCUGGCACCCCCUGCUAAGCGGCAAGAGCUCCAGAGUGCCUGGUUUCUGGGACCAGUGCCAAUCUUUAAAUUCCCCGGGAGCUGAAACCCCCACCCAGGACAGCCAUUCUGCUGUUCCUGAAAUGCUCUGGUUGUUUUGGGCUUGGGCCGACCUGUCGUACCUGUAGCUGAACGCACGUUCCUCGGGAUUUAACAGCAGCGCCUCGUCCUUCUCCAGCAGAUGCAUGCACUGAAAGCCUGACCCUCUCUCCUUUGAAGCAGGCCGAGAAGUUGUACGUAGCCCCGUUUCUCCAGCUCAUCCCAACGGCAGGCUAAUGUAUCUCCAUCCCGCGCACACCACGACUGAAGCCCCAAAAUACUGCCUUGCAAGAUCGUGAUAUCAAAGCUUCCCAUAAAAUCCAUGGCUGCUUCUUGCCAGUAUUCACAGGGAAUUGAAUCGCCAUUUAAUUUGUGAAUGCAUCGUUUCCUUGGCAGCUGUACGUCCUCGAGAGGUGGCGGGUGGUGGCAGGUGACUCCUGGUCUUCCCUGCAGGCUGUUCGUGAUGUUUGUGAUGUUCUUUCUUCCAUAAUCCUUUCGCAGCUCUCAUCAUUCAUUGAAAUAUGGUGAAUCAGAGAUGCGGUCACGUUGUACGGAAAAGGCUGUCUCAGGACCACGCACAGCCGCCCUCUUGUUGGAUUGGUAGUGCUUGUCUUUUUAAAGCGUAAAAAAAUCCAACAGCAGCAAAAAGCCACAUUUAGUUGUAAGUUUAUUUGUCCGCUCUCAAGUGCUGUCCAUUUUAUUAGCGCUUAGACCUAAAUUUUGCUACGGAAGCUUUAGCUAUAAGCUGAAAUCCAGCCGCAGCCAAAUGAUUCCAGCAAGGAGGGGAGGGAACACCCCUCAGGAAGGGCCGGGGGGGCACAGGAAGAGAUGGGGGAGUUGGAGCUGGCCCUUAAGCGAUGCCCACCCUUCCGGGGGAGCCAACUCCCCAGCCCAGCUCCAGGGGGCCAAGGACCCCCAAAAACGACAGCAGCAGGGUGUGGGCAUCCCCAGCUGUACCGUGGACCCGGGGUGCAGAGUGGAGCAGCCCCCGUGCGGGAGACAUCCCGAGGUUUGCUUUGAGCAGCAGAAUGUCAACUUGAGUGUGAAAUUUCACUCCUGUCCCAAUGUACUUCUAUAACCGGAUCGGGAUUUAUUUUCCCCCACGGCGGGAUGUUUUACGCGGUUUCUGCCUGUUGCGAGCGGCUGUCGGAUCCGUGUGCUGGGGAACUCGGUGCAUGUCACAGCGCUGCCGCCACUUCCAGCGCUUUCCCUUGACGCGCUCGUGUACGUAUUGUAAUUUCAUCCAUUUCUGCGUGAGAGAGGAAGCUUUCGUGUUCGUGAGACCUGUACGUAGAGAGUGCACGUGGCUGUUAGCAUGGGGUAGUACCUGACCGUAGCUGACUUGACUUGCACUCAGCUCUUGGUAGACUUGUUUACAGUAGUCCAGUGUCGGUUUUGUAACGUUUAAUUUUUUAGCACUUUAACUGUGAGUGUACAAACUGUUUAUAUUGUAGUAGGUGUACAUUUUCAUUUUAGAUCUUUAAAAGUUUUUAAUAAAACGAUGGAAAAAUCCUAGUCUCUUCA